GAUCGGUCCUCUUGGCUGAUGUGAAGAUGCCUGCUGGUGUGUCAUGGCCUCGGUACCUGAGGAUGUUUGGUGCCAGUGUACUAUCUAUGUUUGUCGGAGCAGAGGUUGUCCAUCAGUACUACAGACCCGAUCUGACUAUUCCAGAAAUCCCUCCCAAACCUGGUGAAUUGAGGACUGAACUGCUGGGAUUUAAAGCCAGAGAAGAGGCUGCUGCCGUUGCUGCCCAAAGACAGUGACCCUUUCCGUUGACUGAUAAAAAAUUUGUACAGUAUCUAACUCUAGAGUAAUCCUUGUACAUAUUGCACAUGUUUAAAAACCACAAAGGGACAAAUGUGAAUAAGAAAAAUUGGAUGGACAUGUGCGUAUCACAUUUGUUAUGAAACGAAUGUGGUAUAAAUUGACGUGUGCCAAUUCUAUUCAAAGUUACUCCAGGCAAUGAUGUGUUCACAUGGCUGGAUGGUGCUUCAGGCUCCUCAGACUAUAAAAAGAAAUGGAACCUUUAUUUAACUAGGCAAGUUAGUUAAUAACAAGUUCUUAUUUACAUUUAGGUCAGGAGCCUACAAUUGCAUUUAUCGAACCUAUUGUCAUGGAGAACUCAUGAGGUCUUGAGUAUGGGACAACUUGCAGGGCAGACACCCUUUUGCUGUUCUUGAUACGAGAGCCAUAGCAAAGUGAGCUCAAGUUUUAACCAUGUUGUCUGAUGGAUCACUCAUGUAACUUCUGCGCAGACUAGUAUGAGUAUGUCAGAUACUGUAUGUAUGUAACUGUUCAUUGGGUUUUUAAUCAACAGAUGUGAAUCAAAUGUUUGUGUUUAUGCUUUUAAUAGACUUAUGUUGGGUCCACACGCAACAACAAACAAUAUAGAUAUAUCUAAAUCUGAGUUUCAUGAUUUAUUAAUGAUUAAACUUUUAAAUUAU